AUGGCCCCGGGCUCCCAGCGCUGGCUGGCCAAGGGCAGGGCCUCGCCCAGGCUGGUGCUGCUGGUGGUGUUCGUGGCACUGCUGCUGGACAACAUCCUGCUCACCGUCGUGGUGCCCAUCGUCCCCACCUUCCUCUACACGACAGAGUACGAGGGUGCCGACAGCUCCGUGAGCCCAGCCCUGCCCGCACCGACCCCUGCGGCCCCGGGGGCUCCUCCUUUCUCCUCCGUACUCUCCUAUUUCGACAACACCACCGUGCCCGUUCGGGGCUUCACCGGCACCGCGGAGCCGCCGAACGGGACGGGGAGCAGCCCCCCGGGACACCCCCCGAGCACCAGGACACCCCCAGCCCCAUCCAGGAGCUGUCUGCAGGGUGGGGAGUUCCUGGCCCAGGAGAACACUCGAGUGGGGCUGCUCUUCGCCUCCAAGGCUCUGGUCCAGCUGCUGCUCAACCCCUGGGUGGGUCUGCUGACCAACAGGAUCGGAUACCACAUCCCCAUGUUCCUGGGCUUCACCGUCAUGUUCCUGUCCGCAAUUAUGUUUGCUUUCUCGGGCACCUACACCCUGCUCUUCAUUGCCAGAGCCCUCCAAGGCGUCGGCUCCUCCUUCUCGUCGGUGGCAGGCCUGGGGCUGCUGGCCAGCGUGUACCCGGAGGACUCGGCGAGGGGCAGUGCCAUGGGGAUCGCCCUGGGGGGCCUGGCCUUGGGAGUGCUGAUCGGGGCACCCUUCGGGAGCAUCAUGUACGAAUUCGUGGGGAAAUCAUCGCCCUUCCUGGUCCUGGCCUUCCUCGCCCUCUUGGAUGGAGCUCUGCAGCUGUGCAUCCUGCAGCCCUCCCGGAUCUGCCCGGAGAGCACCAAAGCCACCGCCGUGUCCACCCUGCUGCGAGACCCCUACAUCCUGGUGGCUGCAGGAGCCCUGUGUUUCUCCAACAUGGCUGUGGCCAUGCUGGAGCCCACGCUGCCCAUCUGGAUGCUGCAGACCAUGUGCUCCCCGCAGUGGCAGCUCGGGAUGGCGUUCCUGCCUGCCAGCGUCUCCUACCUCAUUGGUACCAACCUCUUUGGGAUUCUGGCUAACAGGAUGGGCAGGUGGCUGUGCUCCAUGAUUGGAAUGGCUGUGGUGGGAAUCAGCCUCCUCUGUGUCCCCAUGGCCACCAACAUUUACGGGCUGAUCGGCCCCAACGCCGGCCUGGGCUUUGCCAUAGGAAUGGUGGACUCCUCCAUGAUGCCCAUCAUGGGCUACCUGGUGGACCUGCGCCACACCUCAGCCUACGGCACCGUCUACGCCAUCGCCGACGUGGCCUUCUGCAUGGGCUUUGCCGUCGGUCCCUCCACGGGCGGGGCGAUUGUGCGAGCCCUGGGCUUCCCCUGGCUGAUGGUCAUCGUUGGGGUGCUGAACGUGGCCUACGCCCCGCUCUGCUGGCUCCUGCGCAGCCCCCCGGCCACCGAGGAGAAGAUGGCCAUCCUGAGGCAGGAGUGCCCCAUGCAGCCCCGAAGCUGCGCCCCCAAGGAAGCCCAGCGGGAAUUCCCGCCGGCGGAGGCAGAAAACAAACAGCCAGGAAUGGUGAUAAAACCCAAGUGGCGCAGGAAUGACCCGGGGGGGAUGGCGUUCCUGCCUGCCAGCGUCUCCUACCUCAUUGGUACCAACCUCUUUGGGAUUCUGGCUAACAGGAUGGGCAGGUGGCUGUGCUCCAUGAUUGGAAUGGCUGUGGUGGGAAUCAGCCUCCUCUGUGUCCCCAUGGCCACCAACAUUUACGGGCUGAUCGGCCCCAACGCCGGCCUGGGCUUUGCCAUAGGAAUGGUGGACUCCUCCAUGAUGCCCAUCAUGGGCUACCUGGUGGACCUGCGCCACACCUCAGCCUACGGCACCGUCUACGCCAUCGCCGACGUGGCCUUCUGCAUGGGCUUUGCCGUCGGUCCCUCCACGGGCGGGGCGAUUGUGCGAGCCCUGGGCUUCCCCUGGCUGAUGGUCAUCGUUGGGGUGCUGAACGUGGCCUACGCCCCGCUCUGCUGGCUCCUGCGCAGCCCCCCGGCCACCGAGGAGAAGAUGGCCAUCCUGAGGCAGGAGUGCCCCAUGCAGCCCCGAAGCUGCGCCCCCAAGGAAGCCCAGCGGGAAUUCCCGCCGGCGGAGGCAGAAAACGUGGAAUAA